GGCGAUUUUUUUUUUUGGAGGUGUCGUGUGGAUGUCCGUUUUUUUGUGUUUUUUUAUUUAUUUUUAUGGCUGUCAGCUCAGAUUUUUUUUUUCUUUUUUCUUUUCUUGAAGGGGAGAUUUACGGCCCCUUCUGUGCUCCAUGCUGUGGACCGGCUGGGGAGGGAGGCAGUGGUGACGACUGGCAGUGCGCACAGCAGUCAGUGAGAGAGAGAGAGAGAGAAGAGAGAGAGAAGACUGACUUUCAAAGGGGGCAGGCAGGAGUCUGCAGGCAGAAAACAAGAGAAUAAAUCCAAAAAGACGGCGAAUUAGAAAGUUAUCACAAAGCAAAAAAAAGGGGGGGGGGAGUGUCGCUGGAAGGAGUACAACACGCCUGAAUUUCUAUUUCAGGGGCCGCUGGACCAGGCUUUAGCGCAUGUAGAGAGGAGGGAGGGAGGGAGGCGGAGGGAGGUGGUGGUGGUGGUGGGGGGGAGUGAGUGAGUACAUUUCACAGGCCUAGUAGUAUUGCCGCUGGGUCUCUCCUCAUCCGCUUUCAAAAAAUUGGAAAUUGGCACAUUUAAACGCCAGAAUGAACGGGGCGAGGGUCAUGUUUGCGGUGGCCGACACCGGAAUGGGAGGAACCAUGCCAGCAUGAGUGGGCCUUACACAGGCCCUGGCAGGGAGACUCAUCAGUCCAGCUGCCCUUUGACCCCUGGCCGUGACCUCUCCACCCACUCCUGCUCCUCCAGACACCAUGACCACACCAGGAUCGGACUAACCAUGUCUGCUGCCACCUCCUCCCUCAAGCAUGCAUCUGUCUAUGGGUUCACACAAAGGGAGCACUCCUCCUCAUCCUCCUCCUCCUCCUCCUCCUCAUCCUCAUCCUCGUCUUCCUCCUCUUCUUCCUCCUCCUACAGUCCUCUAAGGAGGCUGCAGCAUCUCACCUCCAUGGUGAGCCAGCCUGACCUGGUGCUGCCGAUUAGGGAGUCAGGAGAGAGGAGCUGGGAGUGGGGGAUGAAUAGGAAGGAGAGGAGGAAGGACUCCUGGGUGGAUUGUACUAGCAGUGGUUAUUCUGGUACCCAGAAUACAAGCAGGGAGGAGAGCUUUGGUAAAUCUUCUGCUGGACAAAAACAACCUGUGGUUCAAACUAGAAGUAGAGACGCACCGGCAGCCAAUCGGAGCGAUCCAGCAGUCUCUGAGAAAAAGACCGAAGGUUGUUUCUCAGGCCCGCCCAGCCCGGCCUUCUCUCUCGACAGCAACAGCCCCUUCGCUAACGGCUUCCUCCACUUUGAAUCCUCUUUGUUUGAGGAUGACGACAAUGAUGAAGAGCGGGAGACCGUGUCACCUGUGGAAGAAGUCUUGCAGGACAAACCUGAGAGGACGGGGGAUGUUCUUCAGUCCACCUCUGGAGACUUAAAUUCAGACCCUAAGGAUGCUCUCCUGUCAUCAGCCAAAGUCGUCACUCGGUCCCAGUCCUCGGGUCAGCGCAGGAGGUACUGGGACGGCUCGGAUGACGAGUGGGAGAGCGACACUGAGCUGUUCUUGCUUGAAGACAGUCCUUUAAGGCAUUCAGUGCAAAACAGCCUCAAGAAAAAGUCUUUGCCACCUGUGAAGUUUUUAGAGGGUGAAGUUAUUUGGGCAAAGUUCAACCGAAGACCAUGGUGGCCCUGUGAGGUGAUCGUUGACCCCAUACAGGGAAUCUAUCACAGAGUGAAAGAGCCCAGUGACCGGCCCUGUCGGCUCUACCAUGUCAGGACCUUUGGGGAACCUGUGGAGCUAACGUGGGUAGAGGAAAAAUCAACUCACACUUUCCAUGGAGGCUUUGAAUUUGAACAGCUCCCCCUACUGCGCAGGAGGGGGAAGCAAAGGGAGCAGAACUACAAAUACACUAUUGCAAAGCGUUUUCAAAACUCUUGGAAAUCCAGUGUGGCAGAAGCCGAAUCUGUUCUUCCAGAUAGACCCAAAAUGACUUCCUCUAUUUCUUCAUCCAUAAAUGAUGCCUUGCAUGACAGUUCGACAGCAGAGAGAGUGAACAAGGCCCACCCAACCUUUCCCCCGUCUACUUCACCCACCCUUCCUGAGACAUCACACUUGACCAAUGGAUCCAUUUUAUCCCCUGUAAUAUCAUCCCCAAUAACAACUCCAGCAAAGCCAAGCACUUUAAAGAAAUCUUCUGGAAAGAAUAAACCAAGUAAAUCAUCGAGGGAUUUGAAUAGUAAACACCCUAAAAAGAUGUUACGUAAUAGCCCUGACCAAUCAAAUAGAGACAAUGGAGAGUGUCCAUAUUCUGAUCUUGACUCAGUCCCCAAAAUUUUGUGUCCUAAAGCACUUGAACGUCAGCCUAAGCUAGUUCCAACUAAGCCAUCUGUUACAGUUGUCAAAGAGGCGAAGAAGCAGCCAGAGAUCCAGAGUGGUCUUUGGUUCAGUAAAUCAGGCAAAGACAGACGACCUAAAACAACCAGUCCGAUGCCAGACCGCACUCUCUUUAGUAAGGUUCCCUGUAAGAAAAAGACAGCAUCUGUUGUAAGUAAAAAGACACUGGUUCCUGGUGCAUCCUCCUCCAGUGGUGGGCCCAGUGACCUGUCAGGGUUGUCAGACAAACAUAAGACUCUGCUACCUGCUGAGGCAACCCUGUCACCUGAACAGACAGGACAUUUGAAGUGUAAAAACACCCUGGUUGCUAAUAGGUAUUUUAGUUCAUCUAGCAGUCCCCCUGACCAGUCAGGACUGUCAGACAAGCAGAAAUCAAUGGUCUCUGUUGAGACUGGUGUGCCCUCUGACAAGUGUGGAUACUCAAAGGGUAGACAGACAGUCAGUAAUACAACUGACAAUGUGACUGGCAUAGUGUGUGACCAAUUAGGUAGUUCAGAUGUCAAAAAGGCCUUGGAGUCCAGCAUUACACUGAAGUUCAGUGACCAAUCCAGGUUUUCAGAGAGUGUAAUGAAUCGAACUGAACAUGACAUGAAGGUCUUUGUGAUUGACAGGAUUUCUGAUCAAGCAGAAGAAAAAGAAAGUCACAAGACUCUAGCAUCCACUUUAAAUGUUGACACUACUGACCCACUAGUAAGACUAGAAAAGCAAACAAGCCUGGUCUCUAAAUGUAGGCUACCCUUUGUUAAAUUAAUACGUAAGGACAUAAAGGGUAGGAAGUUCCUAAACUCCAGUGUAACCAUUAGUCCCAGUGACAAACCUGAACAUACAAAGAAUGAAAAAAUACCAGAUACUAAUAUGACUGCUAAACAAUCAGAUUGUAUGGACAGAAAGGCAGGUGUCUUAAUAGAUAAGACAGUCAGUUCAGAAUCCAUAAAGGUCUCAGUUAAGAAAUUAAAAGCAAGUGGUGGGACUGGUAUUCUUCGUCUCUCGUCAGAAUCAUCACAAAGUAAAACUAUUGUUGACGCCAAUGUGGCAAAAGUGUCUGAUGAGUUAAGUAGCCCAGAAGCAGAAAGGAUACCAGUUUUAAAAGUAAAUGCAAGCAAUGUGACUUCUUCAUCCUCUAACCAAUCAGACCAAUCAGAAGGUAAGAAGACUUCUGCCUCCAAUGUAACAAGCAUGUCUUCUGACCAGUUAGGUAGCUCUGAGCAAAAAGCUACACCUGAAGAGAGGACAGUUUUUAAUACAACAACUCCGCCUUCUCCCCAGCAUGGGAAUUUAGCAUGUAAGAAUGCUCAUGUGCCUGAAAGCCCGUCUUCUGAGAAAUCCAAGAAAGUUGUCCACAAAACAAAGCAGGUUCUAGAUAAAGUGAAUAAAGUCGUACUACAAGAGCAACCUGCCCACCUCCCAGCCAGCAAUCGGCUGAUGACCAGAGCCCUGGAGGCUAUGCAGAAGGUGGAAAAGAAGAAACGUGAAAAAGCCCGAAAGGUGGCUGAGCAGAAAGAUCUCUUAAAAUCAUACAGAAAGUCUGAGGACCAUGUGUGCCACUCUGCACGUAACUCCACUUGGAAUCCUGAGUCCAAACGGGACCAUUGCACUAAAACAAAAUCUCUUGAAUCUCAUUGUAAGGACAAUGGUGAGUAUGAUCGGGACACUGUUUCUAGCUGUAGCACACCCCCAAUUUCUGAGUCAGUUGACUUUGAAGCUGAUGUCAAGAGCGAAGAUGAAGACCUCUCAAUAUCCUCAACCCCACCAAUGGACUUCAUACCUCUUACUUCUAAGGUAAAAGCAAAGAAGGAAGAUCAUUCCUCUGACAGGUCAUCACCUUCCUCACCAUUUUCUUUCAUGAAUGCCUUUAAAAACGUGCAGGAGGUAUCCUUCCAGUCCGUGACCAAUGAGGGUGAUGGUAAACCCAUCUCUUUCAAAGCAGACACAAACUACAAGUUCAGCACUUUUCUCAUGAUGCUGAAAGACUUGCAUGACACUAGAGAACGGGAGGGGACCCCAUUAGAACUGGAAAUUGGGCCACCAAGUGCACAUGUAAAGGCAGAGCCCUUAGUGAUGCCUGGUGAGGCUACGCCUGCAGGCCAAGAUCAACAACUUGAUCAUAUUAAUAAAAAUUCAAGUCCAGACAAAAUCAAAGUCGCACGCAAUGAAGGCAGCACAAGUCAGACCUCCAAGAGGCCCUACAACAGAAGGGGCAGCUCCACUGGGGUGAAAAAGAAAACCAGCCGCAAAGUGCCUUGUCGUCCUGCCAGGUCUGGACCUGGUUUCCCAGGACUGGAGUCCUUGCCAUCAGUGGACUCUUCAUCACGAGUGGAAUCCAGAGUACAGUCCAUGUUGGGCUUACAGACCAGCAACUGGGAGAGGCAGGCAGGAAGUGGGGACGGAGUGAUUGGAGAGGAAGAAGAGGAGAGGUGGAGCAGAGUGAAUGAGAAUCUACAGAACAUGGUGCCUUUGGAUCAAAGGGGGUGCAACACUACACUGUGUUUGGAACAGCCGAAUGGCCUUGUUGGAGACAGCACUGAGAAUAAUGCAAGUUUGAUGCGAAACGCUGGAGAAGGCGACAAUGCUCCAACAGCACAUAAACGAAUACGAAAACCAAGCAAGAGGCUGAUUGAAUGGACUGAAGAGUAUGAUCAGAUUUUCUCCACGAGGAAGAAAACCAAAAAGCCUCUCCAGUUGAUUGGAAAGGCCACUCAGCCCAUUACCCCCGUGUCCGAACCCCUGGGAUCGGACAAGGACACACAUGACCACCCAUCCUUGGACUUACUUCCUGAAAUACAGACACCACCUCCUGAGGAAAUUGCUGCAACCACACCCACUGAAUUACAAAUUCCUAGCACUGAAAAUUCAUCUCCCCAAGAUGCACCUGUGCUUUCCAUCGACACACUAACCCCUCCCCCUGAAGCUGAUCCUUCGCUGUCAGACGGCCUCGUCAAAGAUACCGGAAAUGCUCCUGUGCUGGGGAGGAAGCGCAAGAGGAAACCCACUCAGAAGAUCCUGGAGUACUGUCUGGAGGCAGAGGCCUCAACAGGCCCCAAGAAGAAGGUCAAAACACUGAAGAACAAUUCAAAUCCUGCUUCUCAAUCAGAUUCUGCGCCACCAUCUUUAAAGUCAAAGAAUAGGCAUCUCGCAGUAUCCAGCUCGACACCAACAAACACAGAGAUUUCCACCUGUACACCACCGCCCCCCAUUCAGACAGAUCGCCCUCCAAGCUCUCCUGCAUCCCCAACUCCUGCGCCAGCCCCACCUGAACCUGCCCAGGUGGACACAGCAUCAGCAGAUGUUGAUCCUACUCAAGCUGAAGACAGUAAAACUCAAGAGGCCAAAAAGGACAGAGCAGAGUCAGAGGGUGACCUGUCCAGCCUGGAUCACAGCUUCUCCUCCAUGAAGGAUGACUUAUCGCUGUGUGAUGACCCACUUGUACCAUCGAGGAAGAUCAUAGGGGACCGAGGAGGCCCUGCCUCCAUGAAGGAGAACAUAUGUCAGGUAUGUGAGAAGACGGGUGAGCUGCUCCUCUGUGAGGGUCAGUGCUGUGGAGCUUUCCAUCUGCCCUGCAUCUCACUGGCUGAGGCCCCGAAAGGGAAGUUUGUCUGUCCUGAAUGCAAAUCAGGCAUCCACACCUGCUUUGUUUGUAAAAAGCGCAGUGAGGAUGUGCGACGCUGUAUGAUUCCCGUGUGUGGGAAAUUUUACCACGGUGAGUGUAUCGCCAACUUCGCCCCGACAGCGCCUGUGAACCGAGGCUUCCGCUGCUCGAUCCACGUCUGUCUCACCUGCUUCAUCGCCAAUCCCAACAGCUCGUCCAUCUCUAAAGGUCGUUUGGUACGCUGUGUGCGCUGCCCGGUAGCCUAUCAUGCUACAGACCUCUGCAUGGCAGCAGGCUGUGUUGUCCUCUCCAACAACAGCAUUAUCUGUCCCAACCACUUCACUCCACGCCGAGGUGUCAAGAACCACGAACACGUCAACGUCAGCUGGUGCUUUGUCUGCACCGAAGGGGGCAGUCUGCUGUGCUGUGAGUCCUGCCCGGCUGCGUUUCACCGGGAGUGUCUGAACAUGGAAAUGCCCAAAGGCAGCUGGUACUGCAAUGACUGCAAAGCUGGGAAGAAACCUCGCUACAAGGACAUCCUCUGGGUGAAGGUUGGGCGGUACAGGUGGUGGCCAGCCGAGGUCAGUCAUCCCAAAACGAUCCCAGAGAACAUCCAACGGAUGAGGCACGAUGUUGGGGAGUUUCCUGUUCACUUCUUUGGCUCCAAUGACUACCUGUGGACCUACCAGGCUAGGGUCUUCCCUUAUAUGGAUGUGGAUGCCAACAGCAAAGAAAAGAUGGGGAAAGGUGUUGAUGCCACUUACAAGAAAGCUUUGGAGGAGGCAGCUGUGCGAUUUCGUGAGCUGCAGGCGGAGAAGGAGCUCCGUCAGCUUCAAGAGGAUAGAAAGAACGAUAGGAAGCCUCCUCCAUACAAACAUAUAAAGGUGAAUCGACCAAUAGGAAAGGUCCAGAUCUUUACAGCCGACCUAUCAGAGAUCCCACGCUGUAACUGUAAGGCGACAGACGAGAGCCCGUGUGGGAUGGACUCCGAGUGCAUCAACCGCAUGCUGCUGUACGAAUGUCACCCACAGGUUUGUCCGGCGGGUGAGCGGUGUCUCAACCAGGCCUUCACCAAGCGUCAGUACAGCCAGGUUGAGAUCUUCAGGACACUGUCUCGAGGCUGGGGGCUCCGCUGUGUCCACGACAUCAAGAAGGGUCAGUUUGUGAGCGAGUACGUCGGGGAGGUGAUUGACGAGGAGGAGUGCCGAUCCAGGAUCAGACAUGCCCAGGAGAAUGACAUCUGUAACUUCUACAUGCUGACUCUGGACAAGGAUCGAAUCAUCGAUGCUGGGCCGAAGGGGAACGAAGCUCGCUUCAUGAACCACUGCUGUCAGCCAAACUGUGAGACACAGAAGUGGACGGUGAGCGGCGAUACCCGGGUGGGACUCUUUGCUCUCGUCGACGUCCCUGCCGGAACGGAGCUUACUUUCAACUACAACCUGGAGUGUUUGGGGAACGGGAAGACGGUCUGUAAAUGUGGGGCAUCAAACUGCAGCGGCUUUCUGGGCGUCAGACCAAAGAACAACCCUCCAUCUGAAGACAAAGGACGCAAGCUGAAGAGGAGGGGACACGGCAAGAGGAAGAACAAGGUGGUGGUGACCAAAGAACGAGAGGAUGAGUGUUUCAGCUGUGGAGAUGGAGGACAGAUGGUGUCCUGUAAGAGACCCGGCUGUCCCAAAGUUUACCAUGCUGACUGCCUCAACCUCACCAAGAGGCCUGCAGGUCGUUGGGAAUGUCCAUGGCACCAGUGCGAUAUAUGCGGUAAGGAUGCUGCGUCCUUCUGCGAGAUGUGCCCCAGUUCCUACUGCAGCCAGCACCGAGAAGGCCUGCUCUUCAUUUCCAAGCUGGACGGCAAACUGUGCUGCAGUGAACACGACCCCUGUGGGCCUGAACCGCUGGAACCAGGGGAGAUCCGGGAGUACACGCCCGAACCCAGAGCUCUGACCUCGGGUCUGGGCAUGGCCGUCAUCCCCUCUGCUGCUUCUAACACUACCACCAGUGUGAAUCCGACCACCAGGAGGGUCCAGGAGGUCAGCGCCGGCGCUGGCAUGUGUGCUUCCGAGUCAAUCCCUGCUUUUUCCAUCCCGGUACCCAUCACUAUACCCGUCACCGCGCCUCCCGCCUCACCUCCCCCCAGCAGCACCGACACUCCCAGCAGCCCGCACGUGUUUGACGUCCCACACUACUCGCCCAUCUCCUCGUAUGAGGAGGAGAGGGAUGAAGAGGAGGAGUUGCUGGAGGAGGUGGAGGACGACUCGGUGGAAGAGGGUGAGGUGGGGAGGCAGAAAUCAGAUUCUCACGAGGAGGAUGGAGAGGCGGUGAUGGAGGAGAUCGGGGUGGAAUAUCUGGACGAGGAGGAUGAAGAUGACGAGGAGGAAGAUGAGGAAGAAGACGAGGAGGAAGAAGAAGAAGAAGAGGAGGAGGAGGAGGAGGAGGAGGAAGAGGAAGAGGAAGAGGAGUGACACAGUGGAUUAUUAUUUACAGUGGACCUGGAGGCUGAACAACAAGCCCUUACAGUCACUACACAAAGAAGAUUAACCAAUCACAUUACCCCAGUAGCCCAGUCUGUCGCUGUUUGUGUCCGAUGAGCAGUCAGAUGUAUGGAGGACUUUUUUGGACAAAACUAAAUCAACAUAUAAAUAAAUUGUUUAGUUGAUCAAUGAAUAAAUAAGCAGCAUAAAUACUGUAUAAAAUCAUGUAUACAUAGAUAUUAUUUAUUUAGUUUUGUCCUAAUAACCGCACCACUUUCCCGGACCUCCGUACCCACUUGCUGUAGAAAACGGUUCAUGACACAGUGACUUUGCACACACUGGUGCUGACUUCACCUCGAUAUGAGGUAUCUAGACAAAGAAAAUCAAAGAACUGCUACACAGAACUUGGGGAUUGUUGUAAACAUAUUUCACUCUGAUGUACUUGUUUUCUCACAUUUUGACCAAUUUCACCUACUGGUUUGUUUUGGUAUUCUUUCAGUAGUGUUUAAGGUGUCAUAAAUGUCAGUAGUUGGAGACAGUUAUUGUAUCUGCGGUAUCACAGAGCCGGUGUGUAGGUGUUUGAUGAAGACUACGCUGUCGCUUGCUGUCGAGGGUGAACUCUUCGGUCUUCAGCCUAAAUGACUUUGAUUUGGUGACACUUGAAUCAAAUGGUGGCCAAAAACAUAAAUAUAUUCGUUCUCUGUCCCCUCUAGUGAUCGCACUCUGAUAUUUGUCCUUUCUGUCAGUGGACACGGAGGUGGUUGCUUCCAUUCACGCUCUCCGGUUCUGCUUGACGCCUCAGAUCAUUUGACGGUGCUUCGAUAGCUGAGUGCUUCAAAAUUGGAUCAACUAUGAAAAUAUGAUUGGCUGCCUGGUGUAGCCUAACCUUGAGUGAGAAAACUGUGUGGUUGCUAGUCACAACUGUUGAAAUAUCAUGCAAUCUAAUGAAGUUACAUUUUAACGUAGAUACUGAGAGUUUUAGCUGCCAGUAUCAGAAAGAAACUUUCUAUAAAUUUGAUCAUGUCAUGCCAAAAAAAAAAAGAUCUCAAACUGAUGAGGAUUCAGCGUUGGACUAAAUAGUUUUCAUGUCAGGGCAAGAAAGCCACUGAAAAAGUGUUUGUACCAUCAUGGGACACUAAAGCUGUCUUAUAGGUUAUUUGGCAGCUUCAUAUGGAGACUGGUUGGAUAACAGGUUUCACAGACUGACACUCCUAAAGCUCAUAUCCACCAUUAUCUAACACUGGGCAACAAAAAGCUAGUCUUGCCCUCUUGAUCGCUGGUGGUUUGAAUGCAGAGAUAGCACUAAGUUUGCUCCAGUGUGUAUACUGUGCUCUGUAGUGAUUAUUUAUAUACUUUUUCUGUGAUGCACAAACGAUGACGACGGAGAGUCUGGGCCUUCGCUCCUUGUUCCCUCCUCAUCUCGACUCUCCGUCGAGGGGAAACAGAAGUCUUUGAUCGGACGCGAGACACUUGAAACGACGGACUCCUGCCAUGAUGCUUGCACUUGCAGUAUGUGUUCUUGCCACGUGUUUUCGCUCUGUCUUCAAGCUUAAUAUUGUCCGUGUGUUAUCUGCCAAUGCCUUAGAAUGUAUUUCUUUGGAGAUAUUUUUAAGGAAUGGUUUGGCGUCUGUGAGAGCCAAGUGUCCCUACUAAUGCCUUUUUACAGUUGCCCAACAAGCAGUGUUUCAUUCCAGUGUAAUUAUGACCUGUUAGAUCUCCACCAUUGACCUGUUAAAACAACUGCUACAUAAAUAUAUAAGAAAAAGAAGUUAUGAAAUAA